AUGCCUGGCGGCUACUUCGUGGGCCUGCUGGACGGCCCAUUGCUGGUCGGUAAACAACAGUCCCAGGAGAAGCAAAAGAAGCCGAAGACAGAGUUGGCUGCCAUCAAGAGUGAGUCCAACGGCUGCCAAAAGCCUGUAGACAUCAAGAACAAGAAACCUAAGCAGACUGUGGACGACCGCUUCGAUAACUGGUACCGCUGCGCUUCGUGCGACAAGUUGUUUGCCAAGAAGCUCGAGCUGGAGUGGCACCUGCGCGAGCACACGGGCGUGCGCCCCAUUCCGUGUGGUCUAUGCCCCAUGAAGUUUCUCAACGGACGACUGCGCACCGCCCACCACACCAGACACCACGGGCUGAACUCCAAGUGGAAACGCUGCGACUGCGAGUAA